UUCCGGCAGGAGAGCGCUGCGCGGUGUCCCUGGCGUCCUCAGUCUUGCCCCGCGAAGUGGAGAUGCGCGACAGGCAGGCGAGCGCGCGCAGCUCGUGAGACGCCGCGCCAGCCGGCACCAUGCGCCUGCGGCCGCUGCCCCUCGUCGUGGUCCCCGGCUUGCUGCAGCUGCUGUUUUGUGACAAUAAUAAAGUGGUGCAGGCCACAGAGGGGCUGGAUUGGGAAGACAAAGAUGCUCCCGGGACCUUGGUUGGAAAUAUGGUGCACUCCAGGGUCAUCAAUCCUCUGCGCCUGUUUGUUAAACAGUCUCCGGUCCCCAAACCUGGACACUUGGCAUAUGCAGACAGCAUGGAAAACUUUUGGGACUGGCUGGCCAACAUCACGGAUGUCCAGGAGCCACAGGCAAGAACUAAGCGGAGGCCAAUAGUAAAAACGGGAAAAUUUAAGAAAAUGUUUGGAUGGGGUGACUUCCAUUCCAACAUUAAAACUGUUAAACUCAACCUCCUCAUCACGGGGAAAAUUGUUGACCACGGAAAUGGAACCUUCAGUGUUUAUUUCAGACAUAAUUCCACAGGCCUGGGCAAUGUUUCAGUGAGUUUGGUCCCCCCUUCCAAAGUGGUGGAAUUUGAAGUUUCCCCUCAGUCUACCUUGGAGACCAAGGAAUCCAAAUCUUUCAAUUGUCGCAUUGAAUAUGAGAAAACAGAUCGGGCAAAGAAGACUGCCCUGUGCAACUUUGACCCAUCGAAGAUCUGCUACCAGGAGCAGACUCAGAGCCAUGUGUCAUGGCUGUGCUCCAAGCCCUUCAAGGUCAUUUGCAUUUACAUUGCCUUUUAUAGCGUUGAUUAUAAACUUGUGCAAAAAGUCUGUCCUGACUACAAUUACCAUAGCGAGACCCCCUACUUAUCUUCUGGCUGAAUCUUUCCGCAGUGAUAAUAAUGAGGAACGAAUAUAAUUAUAUAAUUAUAAUUUAAUUAGAAUGACGGAGAACCAGGCCCAGCUCUUCAUGAUAAAGGAUCCCUUUUGUUUCUGGCAGUGAACCUUAGCUCCCUAUUAGGUUUUCAAAUUUAAGGGAAAAAAAUAAUGUGUAUGUUUUGAUCGUAAAUACCUUAAUCUAAAGAGCCGAACUGUUUAUGAGGCCAUUGCUUUCAUAAAGGAUGGCUAAAUCCUAGAAAUAUUGUUGUUUCUCUAAAAGAAGCGUCAGUGGCAGCCACAUGUAACAAGAAAGAACUGAAUUAUGCAUGUGAUAAACAUUGCUCUUGAAAUGAGCCUGCCUUUGAAAUAUGUUUUGGAAGGUUACCUUAAAAAUAGCAGAUUCAGUGAAGUAACUGAAAAGAUUGCAUUUGAUAGAUGAAUCACAUUUCUGGCAUCCAAUUCUUUUUUUAUUGCUGUCUUUUUUCCCACAUCUGUGCUGUUGCUGAUACGCGAGAUGAAGGGGUACAAUUUGUUUCAAAACUCAUGUGUGAAGUUAGAGUGCCACAGUGGAACUAAGUGCAUUAUUAUCUGAGCUAGAGGUGAGUGGAAUGUGAUUUAAACACUUAGACCUGUGUUAGUCACCAUCCUUAAAAUUCCCAUUUGAGUAGUAAUAUUUUUGUAUUGGGAAAACAAAUCUGGAUAUAUUAUAAGUCAGCUCCACAGUAAUGAAGAUCAUGACGUUUUUAGAUCCUUUUGCCAAAUUCAAUGUCAUGACUUUGUCAGAAGUACCGUAAAAUCUGUAUUCACUCUAUAGCCCAAUAACCCUUUGAUAGUGUGAUUUUAUAUACAUGUAUAUAACUCUCAAACUGAGAAAAAGUGAUUGUUUCCUAGGCUACAAUGGGAAAAAAGUUGGAGGUGGAGGGCGGACAUUCCAGGAUUUUUUAUGAAUUCAUUAUUUCUGGCCUCCUAGAUUAAAUUCUCAGUACACUUAGUUAAUUAUUUGAAUGAAGGAUCAAAUCCUACAUGGAAAUAAGGAUUAUAUUUAAACAUUAGCAAUUAUUGCUAAGUCCUAACAACCAAGGUAGCCUGACUCACGAGGAUUUGAAACUGCGUCCAAGUUAAAGUUGCUUCACAGACUGUGUCCACCCCCACUUUCUCUGAAGGAUCAUUCCGGAAGGUAGAAUUGGCUGAUCUUUGCAUUAGCACAGACGGAGAAUUUGGCUGACCAGUAAAAAAGGUUUCUAGGACUUGUAACACUCAUGGAAUGGUGACUGUUUUACAGCACAUGUUACCUUUUUAACCCCUUCCUGUCUGUAAAUUAUCAGUUAAAGUAAGACAUAAAAUUGAGGACUGAAGGAAAGCCAGUCGUAACCAACACAAAUGCUCUGACCACAUCAUUUAAAAUGCCACAACUCUGUUCCCAGUUUGGCUCUCCAUUCCUUUCCUUUUACUGGUGAUAUCUACAGUGUUGAUUUUGUCUUUUGUAAAAAUUGUACUAGGCUUAGUGUGUGGUAGCUACAGGCCUGAAAUGUUUGCUCUGAGUUUAUCAAGUGCUUUUGUAAUUUUGUGGUUGGUGUGAAAUAUUUCGAAGCCUCUUUUUAUUUUCAACUAGAAACAAAAUUAAAAAACUAUUUAUUGUAAAAUAUGUGAGAACCAUAUAUGUAUAUAUACUUAGAAUUUCCGUAUACAGAGAAAGUAUGUGUACACAUUUCUAUGUAAAUAAAAAGAAUUUGCUA